CGAAAACGAACCGACGCGUCCCGCCGCCGGCACGAAUUCUCACUCGAACACAGUUUCGGAUAGCCUUCGUCAAGUUCUCGAUCGAUUGUAGUGUAUGUGACAAGUGCAGUGAUUGGAUUACCGUUAGAUAUUUUUUAGGUCGAAGAGCCAGUCUCUUCCAAUUCCUCAUUCACCGUGUCAAAUGUCGUGAUGACCAGCUAACAAGAUGGGGGUGUCAGACGAUUUAGCCCCGAGCUUCACACAGAAGCCGCAGUUGCGCCAAGAAGACGACGGGAACAAACUCGUCUUCGAGUGCCAACUCCUUGCUUCUCCCAAACCAGAGAUAUGCUGGUAUCGCAGCGAUGAGCUGCUCAAAGAGGAUAAUAGGACUAAGUUUAAGAUCCAGAGCAUCGCCAACAACAAGUUCUUGGUGGUGCUUGAACUGGACGAUGUGAUCGAGAGUGAUGCAGGCCUCUACAAAGUUAAGGCAAAGAAUAAGAUGGGCGAGGUGGCCGCUUCCAUCAACCUUAACUUCAGCCCUGCUGACGAGGACAAACAGAAACAAGUGGACGGGAAAGCGCCUACGUUCGCACGCAAGCCGGCGAUCCGUCAAGAGGACGACGGCAAACGGCUGAUCUUCGAGUGCCGUAUCGAAGCGGAGCCUGUGCCAAGUGUCACCUGGUUCCAUAACACCGUGGAGGUCAAACCUAGCCCGAGGCAUAAGCUCACAGUCAACAAGGAUGGCAAGUCAUACUAUGCUGCCUUGGAGAUCAACAACGUUACUGUGGAAGACGCGGGCAAGUACCGGGUGACCGCCAAGAAUGAACUUGGCGAGAGCAACGCUACGAUCAGCUUAAACUUCGACAGCGACGAAGCCCCCGUGCCUGAGGACUAUAUCAAACCGACGUUUACGGAGAGACCCGUCAUCAGGCAAUCGGAUGAUGGUACCAAAAUCACAUUCGAAUGUCGAUGUGUUGGCAAACCGAAACCAACCAUCACAUGGUACCAUGGUAAAAAACAAAUUAAAGAAAGUAGUAGAUAUAUAAUGACAUUAGAAGAGGACCAAACAUUAUAUCACAUGGCGCGGCUAGAAAUAUUAGGCGUAGAGAAUUCGGACAAGGGCGAAUACAGAGCAGUGGCAAAAAACAAGCACGGCGAAGGUGUGGCUAAGAUUAACCUCAACUUCGAAUCCGGGGACAAACCAAAAAUUCCCGAUGGUAAAGCACCAAGGUUUCCGAAAAAACCAACGAUUAGACAAGAAGGGGAUGUGCUUAUAAUGGAAUGUGUGUUAGAGGCUUACCCUGUCCCGGACAUCACAUGGUUCCAUGGUGAUAAAGAAAUAAAGGAUGGGAAUAAAAUGAAAAUGUCUCGAAAGGCAAUAGCUAAAGACACAUUCAAUUUGACCUUAGAAAUUUCGGGUCCAACUAGGGAAGACGGUGGAAACUAUAGAUGUAACGCUGUCAACUUAUAUGGUGAAAGUAACGCCAAUAUUGCUCUGAAUUUCCAAGGUGGGGAUGACGAGAACGGUUUCGCACCGUCGUUCGUGGAGAAACCUCGAAUCAUUCCCAAUGAAGAUGGCACACUCAUUACUAUGCGUUGUGUGUGCAAGGCCAAGCCGGCGGCUGAAGUAACGUGGUACAGGGGCACGACAGUCAUCAAGGCUAGCAGCAAAAUCGAAAUCAAAUCUAACGAAAUGGGUGAAGACGUUUACGAAUUACUCUUUCUCUUAUCCAAUCCGACGUCAGCGGACGGUGGCGCUUACCGUUGUCACGUCAAGAAUGAAUACGGAGAAAGCAAUGCUAAUUUGAAUCUUAACAUCGAAGCGGAGCCAGAGCCAGAAGGCGAAGGUCCGACGUUCGUCGAAAAGCCCACAAUUCAAUCCCAGGACAACGGGAAAUUGGUCAUCAUGGGAUGCAAGGUCAAAGCUAGUCCGAAGCCCACAAUCGUAUGGUACCACGAGGGUAAAGAAAUCAGGGACUCGUCGAAAAUCAAGACUAGGGUCGAGGUGAAAGAAGACGUGUACACGAUCGUCUUGGAACUUGUCGAUCCUGGUAUUGAAGACUCCGGAUUGUAUAAAUGCAACAUUAAGAAUGAACUUGGGGAGCUCAAUGCAAAUCUUACGCUCAAUAUUGAAAUCAUUCCAGUUAUCAAAGAGAAACCAAAGAUCAUUAAGAUAAUUAAGAAGAAGACUGUUAUUGUUGAAUGUAAAGUAUUAAGUAAAUUUGCACCUCAAUGCACUUGGUUCAAAGAAGCUAACGCUGUCAAAGAGGACUCUAGGCAUACUGUGCUUAUUGAGCCUCUGAGAGAGGGCGAAUUCACAGUCAAAUUGGAAAUCUCGAACGUGUCGCAACAUGAUAAGGGCUCGUACAAACUGGUCGCUAAGAACGAGAAGGGUGAAGCGACGUCACAACAGGUCGAGAUCGUCGACAUCCCUGAAGAGAAAGGCGAGAAGCCUCAGAUCAUCAAACACUUCAGGAGCUUGGCCAAGAAAGAAAACGAGGAGGCCGAAUUCAUCGCCGUCCUUAAGACCUCGGAUCAGUCUUGCCGCUGCACUUGGUAUAAGAACAACACCGUCCUCCGCGAAUCUUCCGACGUCAAUACCUCCUUCGACGGCACCAACGCUCGUCUUAUCAUCAGGAAGGUCUCUUCCAAAUACGUCGCCAACUACAAAGUGGUCAUCAAAAACGAGUUUGGUGAAGACGAGUCGAGUGCUGACUUGACUCUUGUUGAGGAGAAGAAAAAGAAGGAAGAAAAGGAAGAGGAAGAAGAAGAAAAGACCGUCAUCGAGGAGUCUGAAGAAGAGAUGUCCAUUGACGAGAAAUCCGUGAUUGAAGAGAAUCACGUUGAAGAGAAGAAGGAGGAACAAAAGAAAGCAGCAGCAAAGAAGGUAACAAAGAAAGAAGAAGUAAAGGUUGAAGAAACCAAAGACGAGGUUAGUAUUGAAGCCAAGAAGACCGAAAAGAAACAAGAGGUCAAGAAAACUGAGAAAAAAGAAGAAGUUAAGAUCGAACAAGAGGCUGAAGCUAAGAAGGUCAUAGAAAAGAAAACAGCCAAAACAGAAGAAGAAAAGAAAUCCAUGCUGGAGAAAUUAGAGAAGAAGAAAACAGAAGUCGAAGAAGCUAAGAUCGAAGGUAUUCCAAAACUCAAGCCAGUCAAGCCAAAAGAAGAACCUAAAGUUGAUGAGAAAAAAGAAACCACCAAGAAAGUCGAAGAAAAGAAAAAGGUCGUCAAGAAAAAGGUUGUUUCGAAGAAAGACGAAGAGGAACUCGAGUUUGUCGACGAUUACGAGAGACCAGUUUUGGAGAAAUACGAAAAGAUUACACCAACGCCAUACGACAAAAAACCGAAGGAGACCGACACUCCACAGAGCAAACGCGCAUCGGUAUCAGAUAGCGUUAAAAGUGAAAUGGAUGAGAGCGAAGAAGAGCCAUCUAUUGCCGCGCCAGCUCCUGAGAAGAAAGCCAAGCCUGACACGACACAGGUUGAAGAAGAGAAACCAAAACGACCAAGCAUCAAGAAGGGUCUUCCUAAACCAGAAGAGCCGGUCGAUGAAAUCUCUAAAGUUAAACUUUCUAAAACACCACAGAAACCUACUGAAGAAAAGGCUGAAGAGCCUCAAGUAGCUAAGACUAAGAAAGAUGUUAAGAAGCCUACACAAGAGAAGGAAUUCGUAGACGACUACGAAAGACCGGAUCUCGAGAAAUACGAUAAAAUGACACCCACACCUUCGGACAAAACUAAAAAACAAAACGGAGUCGAGGCAACCACUGAAUUUAUUGACGAUUACGAGCGACCUGAACUUGAAAAGUAUGAGAAGGUUACUCCUACUCCUAAAGACAAACGCCGUCCUAGUGAGGCAGAGGAUGAAACUGAAAUGAUGAAGGGUAAAAUUAAGCCGAAAGAGAAAGAACCCGAGCCAGAAAUGCCUACACUCCGCAAACGUUCUGUUACUAAGGAUAAGGAGGAAGAUAAAAUGCCUGAGGAAAAACCAAAGGCAAAACCAACUAAAAAAGAUGAACCAGAGGCUAAGAAGCGGCCGUCACUCAAAAAGAAAGAGGUCGUCGAAGAAGAAUUUGUUGACGAUUAUGAGAGGCCGGUCCUUGAAAAAUACGAGAAAAUUACACCGACACCCACUGAGAAAAAGAAGAAGGACGACAAAGAGCCUGAAGAUGAGGUACCUUCAGCUACUGCUACGGCUAGACGUCGCUCUGUCAAAGACAAAUCUAAGCCAGAGCCAAUGGACGUGGACGAAAGUGUCAGUCUUUCGAAACCAAAGACUCCUGCCAAGCCAGGUGAAGAGCCUGAAGACGUGUCACUCACACACAAGACUCCAGCUGAAAUCAAACCUACGGAGGGUGAGGCAGAAGCAAAACUCAGUGUUAAGAAACCUGAAAUUGUUGAAGAUAAAACACUUAAGAGACCAUCACCUAAAGAUAAGGGCCAGAAGGGAGAGGAUACAGAGGAGUCUGUCAGUCUCACCAAGCCCAAAACUAAGACAAGCACGACUGCCCCUGAAGAAGCAUCCCUCACCCAAAAGACACCUGCUAAGAAAAAGCCAACGGAGGGAUCCGAGGCAGCUGAACUUAAGGUUAAGAAACCAGCUGUCGUCAAGAAAGGCGACGAGGAGGAGGAACCGUUAGCCGUACAAGACGGUAAAUUUGAAAAGCCUCAACUUAAGAAAACUACGAAGAAGACUACAGACAAACCUAAAAAAGAUACCAAAGGCGCUAAGGAAAAUGAUGAUGGGCUCGAGCUUGACUUUGUCGAUGACUAUGAAAGGCCCGUCCUUGAGAAAUAUGAAAAGAUCACACCAACUCCCACUGUCAAGGAGAAGAAGGCAAAGGAAGAAAAGACUGAAAGCCGAAGGACGUCGAUUCAAAGCGAGACCAAAGAAGAAACUAAGGUUGAGAGCCGUAAGAGUUCCAUUGCUGAAAAUAAGGCUCUUAAGCUAACAAAGGAAACUGCUGAAAGCAGAAAGGCAUCCGUGUCUUCAGUGGCUGAAGAACAACAGGUGACGUCAUUGAAGAAAACGGCCCAGAGGCCCAGCAUUAAGGAACCAGAGAAAGCUGAACUUGAUCAAAUCAAGCUCAAGGAUGAGAGAGUACAAGAGACGGUUACAACAGAAUCUAUCGAUAAGCCUUCAGAUAAAACGUUUCCACGGCGACCUACGAAAACUGACACACAGGAAUCAACAACUGCAGUUGAACCAGAACGUAAAGCCAGUCUUGAUCGUCCUAAAGAACCUACUAGGAGGCGACCUAGCAAAACGGAGGGUGUUAAACAGGAAACAGAGACGGUAGUCACAGAAACCACAGAUACAACUGAGGUUAAAAAGACUGUGACUAAAGAUAAACCAUCUGAACCGGAACCUAGACGACGACCAAGCAAGCCAGAGGAGAAAACAACUAAUAAAUUGGACGAAACAAAAACAAAAGAGACUGUUGAUGUUAAACGAAAGGAGUCUCUAGAUAAGCCAGACUCUCGUCCUUGGCGUCGACCAAGUAAAACAGAUGAGGAACCUAAAUAUGAUACAGAGGUUAAGAAGGACGAACCAGAACCGAUGGAAGUUGACGAUAUAUUCAAGGAUCGUGAUCUUGAUGAGUUACCAACAUCAAAUCAACCUUUAGAUAAACCUAAACAAUCAGCAUUCUGUCCGUGGAAAAAACGCCCAAUGUUUGAGGAUGACGAUCUACCACCCCCGUACGUUCCUUUGAAGAGGUUGUCACAACCUGAGGUACCGACAAUCAAGACACAAGAGCCAGACACUAAACCAGCUCCAUUUUCGUGGAAUGUAAUACCAGAAAUACCACAGGCGGAACAAACACCUGAACUAGAAGACACAUAUAAACCAACACUACUUGAUACAAACACAAAUGUAACAGCGCCUUGGAGAAGACCUAGGUCACCUCAGGCUGAAGAAGAUAGACCAACACUCGAAAUUCCAGCUUAUAGCAGCACACCUGAUGAGAAAGUGGCUAUCAAAGAAGAGAAGGUUGAAGAGGAAGUCAAGAAGGCCAAGGUGACUUCAGUCAAGAAGAAGGCUGAAGAACUGCCAGAGAUUCCAGAUUACGACAGACCUGACCUUGAGAAAUAUGAAAAGAUUUCACCUACACCGAGCACCAGGGACAAGCCAGAAAAAGACGCACCCAAGAUCAAGGUGCCCGAAAUCAAGGCACCAGAAGAAAAGCCCGCUGCACCUAAAAUCGAGGUCAUUCGAGAAAAGUCUCCAAAACCAGAGGCACCAAGAAAACCAUCUCUGGGACCAGGACCCGUCGGCAGACGUGGUUCUCUUAUUCCUCCUCCAGAGGAAAUGGGAAGACGUCCUUCGCUUAUCAUCAGCGACGAGGUCACCAAAUUACGUCCGGGAGAAGUGUUAGACGAGAAAAAGAAACGCGGAGCAAGGCCCGGUGAACUAGCGGACGAGCGCCGUAAGUCUUCGGACGCGAGAAGACCGUCCAUCCAAGACUUGGAGGACCUGAUCAACAAACCUUCAGUACCGCUGAAGCCUCUUGGUAAUGAAGGUCCUCCUGUCAUCGUCGACGUACAGGAGAGCUACUCUGCCGUUGAAGAUCAAACUGGCUACCUCACCGUCCAGGUUGAAGGCAACCCGCCUCCAACCUUCAAGUUCUACAAGGGCGUCACUGAAAUCAUCGAAGGUGGUCGCUUUAAGUUCGUCACUGAUGGCGAGACUGGUCUCAUCACCCUGUGCAUGAGAAAGGUCAAGCCCAAUGAUGAAGGGAAAUACAAGGUUGUGGUCAGCAACAUCCAUGGAGAAGACUCCGCUGAGAUGCAGCUUUAUGUGUCUGACUCCAGUGGUAUGGACUUCCGUGCUAUGCUCAAGAAGAGGAAGUACGCUAAGUGGGGCGAAAAGAAAGAGGAUCCUGAUUGGGGGGACCUCAAAGAGACAGAAAAGCCUAUCCCGCCACUAAAGAAAGUGGAAAAGAAACAAGAAUCGUUCCUCAAGCCCCUCAUAGAUCAAUUCGCGAAGGAAGGCAAGGAUAAGAAGGUGAUCUUCGAAGCCAUCUUUACCAAGCCUAAUGCCAAGCCGAAAUGGUUAUUCCGUAAGGAUGAGCUUUUCCCCGGCUCUAAGUACAAGAUGACGAACGAGGCAGACUCGUACAAACUGACCAUUUUCAACCCCAAAGUCGAGGACACGGGUAAAAUCACAAUCGAAAUCGGCGGUACUUCUUGCUCAGCGUUCUUGCAAGUGGAUGAACCAGACCCGGUGUAUACCUUCACGAAGAACUUGAAGAAGAGCAUAAGUGGCUACACGAAGCACGAGACAGUUCUAGAAUGCGCAGUCUCUAACAGCUUAGCCAUAGUCACCUGGUGGAAAGGAGACCAGAAACUUGAAGAUGGCGAAGAGUACCAAAUCUCCAAGGACUUGUCUGGUGUAUGCAGGUUGACCAUCAAGAAUUCUAAGUUGGAAGACGCUGGCAAAUACACCUGCAGGAUUGAGAAGCAGCCUGAAAAGACUGAGACUACAACUGACGUCAAAAUUGUCGAAUAUCCAUACAAGUUCACCAAGGUGCUCAAGUCUCAACAAGCCAUCGAGAAAGAUACCAUCACAUUGCUCUGCGAAUUGGAUGACGCUGGUGGCGAUGUGAAAUGGUUCAAGGGUGACGAGCCACUGAAGGCGGACAAGCGCAUCUCGAUCGUGAAGGAAGGUCGCAAGCGCAAGGUUGUGAUCAAGGACGCCAAGGUCACCGACGCUGGCCACUUCAAGUGUGUCAGCAACGCCGAUGAGACUGCGUGCGAGUUGAUCGUCAAUUACUCGAAUCGCUUCAACAAGAAGUUGAAGGACACCGAAGCAAUUGAGAGGGACAAGGUUGUUCUGGAGGUGGAACUUCAAGAUCAGACCGCGGAGGCCGUGUGGUCUUUCAACGGACAGCCUGUCGUGCCUAAUGAGAGGAUCGAAAUCAAGAACCUGGGUGGCGGCAAACACCAGCUGAUCUUCAACAAGCUGGAGAUGGAGGACGAUGGCGAGAUUCUCUGCGAAUCUGGCAAGCUCAGCUCGAGCUGCAAACUCACUGUCAAGAAGGGAGAGUCGAAGCCCACCAUCGAGUGUCCGGAAGAGUUCAACGGACCCGCUGGACAGCCUUUCGUUAUUGAGGUGCCUUAUAAAGUCACUGGCACCCGCCAAACACCAAUCGAAGCGAAGCUGUUCAAAGACGGCAAAGCAUUGCCCGUCAAGGAAGUCGAAGCUGUCGUUGAGCAGGAGAAGGUCCUGUUCAAGAUUAAAAAGCCGACCAGGGAAGGUUCUGGAAAAUACCAGAUCAAACUGUCGAACGCCCAGGGAGAGGACGCGAAGGAUGUUCACAUCAACAUGCAGAGCGUUCCCACCCCGCCUCAGGAUGUGGAAGUCGCGGAAGUGUUCCAGACUUCUUGCGUCGUCCAAUGGAAGGCGCCACAGGACGAUGGUGGUUCAGCAAUCGUCAAAUAUGUUAUUGAGAGACAGGAUCUCUCGCUCAAGGCCGGUUGGGACAAUGUCGCUGAAGUGGAACAAGGCCAACCGCUCAAAUAUAAGGUCGAUGAUCUCGUCGCCAAGAAGACCUACAAGUUCAGAAUCCGUGCCGUCAACAAAAUUGGUUCUAGUGAACCUGGAAUGUUCGGCAAGCCUGUACUUGCUAAGGACCCGUGGGACGAACCAUCGAAGCCAAAGAAUGUGGAGGUGGUGGACUGGGACAAGGACCACGCAGACCUCAAAUGGCAGAAGCCGGAUAACGAUGGCGGAGCGCCAAUCACUGGCUACGUCAUUGAAUACAAGGAGAAAUUCGGCAAGGACUGGGUGAAGGGCAAGGAAGUUCCUGGAGACUGCCUGGCUGCGACCCAGGAUGGUCUCAAGGAAGGUUCCACCUAUGAGUUCAGAGUCCGCGCUAUUAACAAGGCUGGUCCUGGUGAACCUAGUGACACUACCAAGCCUAUUGUUGCUAAGUGCAGAUUUGUCAAGCCUUACAUCAUUGGCGAAGGUCUUCAAAACAUGAUCAUCAAGAAGGGACAAGUGAUCACCUUCGACAUUAAGUACGGCGGUGAGCCUGAGCCCGAAGUCAAAUGGAUUCAGGGUGAAGAGAAACGUGGAAAGGCGUACACGGAGAAGGAGAUCAAGGAUGACGGCGAUCGCAUCACAAUUGACAAGUAUGAGAAGAACACCGUCUUGACUGUCAGGAAGACCACCAGGCCAGACAGUGGCAAGUACAAGUUGGUGCUGACCAACUCUUCGGGUACCUGCGAGAGCAUCGCUGAUGUUGUUGUGCUUGACAAACCCAACCGCCCCAACGGCCCCAUCGAAGUGGUGGACAUCCGCGCCGAGAAGGCCACCGUCAAAUGGCAGAAGCCAGACGACUGGAAGGGCUCCGACAUCACCGGAUACACGCUUGAGAAGAUGGACAUGGACACGGGCAACUGGGUGCCGUGCGGUGAGACAGGACCCGACCCGACCGAAUUCACUGUCAAGGGCCUGACUCCCAACCACAAGUACAAGUUCAGAGUUCGCGCCGUCAACAAGGAGGGAGAGUCCGAACCAUUGGAGACCGAAGGAUUCAUCGUUGCUAAGAAUCCUUACGACCCACCCAAGGCUCCGGGCAAGCCGAAUAUUGUCGAUUACGACAAUGUAUCGGUUACGCUGCAGUGGGAGCCGCCUACAGACGAUGGUGGCAGACCAAUUCUCGGCUAUGUCGUCGAGAUGAAGGACAAAUUCUCCGCUGAUUGGAUUGAGGUCACGAAGACACAAGACACAAAGACCGAAUACAAGGUGGAGGGCCUGAAAGAGAAGAUGAUCUACCAGUUCCGCGUGAAGGCACACAACAAGGCCGGAGUCGGUGAGGCUUCACAGCCAACCGACAACCAUCUCUGCAAGCACAAGAACCUGAAACCACGCAUCGAGCGCAGCACAUUCAAAUCGGUGAUCAUCAAGGCGGGCCGCACCCACAAGUGGGCUGUGGACGUCACCGGUGAACCCCCACCAGAUAUGACUUGGUCGUGGCGCGAGAACAUUAAGCUGGUGAACACGGAACGCAUCAAGAUCGAGAAUAAGGAGUACCACACCGACUUCACGAUCGUCAACGCAGUGCGUCGUGACACCGGCAAAUACACGUUGCGGGCGGAGAAUUGCAACGGCUUCGACCAGGAGACCGUCGAGCUUACUGUCCUGAGCAAACCUGGCUCGCCUAAAGGCCCGUUGGAAGUAUCAGAUGUCCACGCGGAAGGCUGCAAGGUGAAGUGGGAGAAGCCAGAAGACGACGGUGGAUCGCCAGUCAAGGAAUACGAGGUCGAGAAGAUGGACCUCGCCACCGGCAAGUGGGUUAGAGUUGGCAGAGUGGCCGGUGACAAGAAACCCCUGGAGAUGGACAUCACAGGCCUGGAACCAGGUCACCAGUACAAGUUCAGGGUGACUGCCGUCAACGACGAGGGUGACUCCGAGCCGCUCGAGACUGAGAGGGCUACGCUCGCUAAGAAUCCGUUCGACGUAUCCGACAAGCCUGGCAACGUGGAGGUGGCUGACCACGACAACAACAGCGCGGAGAUCAAGUGGGACCCGCCCAAGAGUGACGGUGGAGCGCCCAUCCAGAAGUACAUCAUCCAGAAGAAACCUAAGGGUGGUGACUGGGAGAACGCUGCUGAGGUGCCUGGAACCGCCACAUCAGGCAAAGUGGAAGGUUUGCCAGAAGGCAGCGAGUACCAAUUCCGCGUGAUAGCUGUCAACAAAGCUGGACCAUCGGAGGCGUCUGACCCGACUAAGAUGACCACCAUCAGACACAAAUCACUGAAGCCCCGCAUCGACCGCACGAACCUCAAGGCGCUGGCAGUGCGCGCGGGCAAACCGAUCUUCUUCGACGUCAACGUCAAGGGUGAACCCGCGCCUAAGGUGCAGUGGUUCCAGAAGUGGAAGGCAGAUGAGAAGGAGGUGACAGAAAACGUGAUAAACGUGGACUACAACACGAAGUUAGAUAUCAAGGAAGCGGUGCGUGCUAUGACAGGAACUUACCGCAUCUUAGCAACCAACGAACAUGGCAAGGAUGAAGCCGAUGUUGAGAUCACAGUGCUGUCGGCUCCAGGCAAGCCUGGCGGCCCGUUGAAGGUCGCUGAUGUUACGAAGAGUGGCUGCAAGGUGUCUUGGAAGAAGCCUGAAGAUGAUGGAGGUAAACCCGUCACCGGCUAUGUAGUAGAGAAGCUGAACAAGGCUACCGGCCGCUGGGUGCCAGUCGGCAAAACCGACGACACGGAAAUGGAGAUCAAGGGACUCCAAGAGGGAGAGGAGUAUGAGUUCAGAGUGAAAGCAGUCAAUGAAGAGGGAGAGUCGGAGCCUUUGAAGACCGACCACUCUAUCAUUGCGAAGAAUCCUUAUGACAUCCCCGGCAAGCCAUCGGUGCCGACCAUCGAGGACUGGGACGUGGACCGCGUGGAUCUCAAGUGGGAGGCGCCCAAGAACAACGGAGGCGCGCCCAUCACCGGCUACGUCAUCGAGAAGAAGGAGAAGUUCGGACAAUGGCAGGAGGCGCUUACUACCACGACGCCAGAAUGCAAGGCGCGUGUACCAGACCUGAAGGAAGGAAACACGUACCAGUUCCGCGUGCGAGCCGUCAACAAGGCGGGUCCCGGUGAGCCCGGCGAGCCUACGCAGCCGCACGUUGCUAAGGCGAGGUUCUUGAAACCACACAUCAACCGCGACAAGAUGGUGGCGAUCCGCGUCCGCGCUGGCACCACCAUCAAGUUGGACGUCGACAUCAAGGGUGAACCUCCACCAACCAAGACCUGGAGCUUUGCCAACAAGGCCCUGGAAACAGGACCAGGCAUCAAGAUCGAGAACGAAGACUACAACACCAAGAUGCAGAUCUUCGACUCGAGCUGGAAGAACUCCGGAGUUUACACGCUCAAGGCCGAGAACGACUCAGGCGUUGAUGAAGCCACAGUUGAGAUCACUGUUCUGGACAAACCAGGCAAGCCAGAAGGCCCGUUGGAAGUCUCCGACGUUCAUGCCGACCACGUCAAGCUGUCUUGGAAGAAGCCCAAACACACCGGAGGGCUGCCUCUUAGCGCUUUCGUGGUGGAAAAGAUGGACACCCUCACUGGAAAGUGGGUGCCUGCUGGUACUGUAGACCCGGAUAAGACUGAGGCUACCGUUACUGGCUUAGAACAAGGCCACACUUACCAGUUCCGCGUGAAGGCCCUCAACGAAGAAGGCGAGUCAGAGCCUUUGGAGACAGACCAUGGUACUUUGGCCAAGAACCCAUACGAUGUACCGGCGCCGCCUGGUCUACCCGACAUUGUGGACUGGGAUGAGAAGUCAGCUAAGCUCAAAUGGGAGCCGCCUAUCAGAGACAAUGGUGCUCCUAUUACUGGAUACAUCAUUGAAGUCAUGGACCGCGAUCGUGGUGAAUUUGUUAAAGCCGCUGAAAUCCAAGGCAACAUCUGCCAAGGCACAGUGCCGAAGCUGGAAGAAGGCAACCAGUAUCAGUUCCGUAUCCGUGCCGUCAACAAGGCCGGACAAUCCGAACCUUCGGAGAAUACGAACUGGCACACUGCUAAGCCACGAUUCUUGAAACCCAGAAUCGACCGCACCAACCUCAACCCUCUAUCCGUCAAAGCUGGCCUGCCGGUCUCUCUCGACGUCAAAGUCUUUGGCGAGCCCCCAGCGACAGUAACUUGGUACUUCAAAGACCAGGAGCUGAAGAACGGGGAAAACUUGGAGAUCGUCAACGUGGAUUAUAACACCAAAUUCCUGAUGACCAAGAGCAAGAGGGCCAAUACUGGAAAGUACGUGAUUAAAGCCAAGAACGAGGUCGGCGAGGAUGAAGCCGAAAUCGAGAUUACUAUUCUUGGUAAACCAUCCAAGCCCAAAGGCCCGUUGGACGUCGCAGACGUCACCAAGAGCGGCUGCACGCUCACCUGGCAGAAGCCUGAGGACGACGGCGGAGCGCCCAUCGAGUACUAUGAGAUUGAGAAGCUUGAUCCGCUUACUGGCCAAUGGAUCCCAUGCGGCACUGCGAAAGACUGCAAGGCGAACAUCACCGGCCUGCAGGAAGGCAAGCCGUACAAGUUCAGGGUUAAGGCCGUCAACAAGGAGGGAGAGUCCGAAGAACUGGAAACUGAGAAGCCUAUCAUUGCUAAGAAUCCGUUCGACGAACCUGGCAAGCCCGGUCGUCCGGAGCCCCGCAACUGGGACAAGGACUUCGUGGACCUCGAGUGGUCUCCGCCCAAAGAGGACGGUGGUGCGCCCAUCACCGGGUACAUCAUUCAGAAGAGGGAGAAGGGUGGCAGAUCAUGGCAAGACUGCCUGCGCACGUCAGGCGACAGGCCGACUGCCCACGUGACCGACGUGGAAGAGGGUCACGAGUACGAGUUCAGGGUGAUAGCGGUCAACAAAGCCGGGCCCGGAGAGCCCUCCGACCCGAGCCGCUCUGUCAUCGCCAAGCCUAGAUUCUUGGCACCUAAGAUCGACCGCAAGGAUCUGCAGAAGAGGAAGAUCAAGGUGGGCCAGCCUCUCAAGUUCGAAGCCGACGUCAAGGGUGAGCCGGAGCCCAAGAUCACUUGGACCUUCAACGGCAAAACUCUUAAGGACGAAGACAGGUUGAAGAUCGAAAACAAAGAGUACCACACAUCGUUUGCGCUGCAGAAGUGUACUCGCGCCGACACUGGCAAAUACACGGUCACUGCUACCAACGACUCUGGAACUGACACCGUCGAGAUUGAGGUCGAUGUCGUGAGCAAGCCUGCCAAGCCAAAGGGACCUUUGAAGGUAUCGGACGUGAAAGCCGACGGUUGCAAGCUCAAAUGGGAGCCGCCAGAAGACGAUGGCGGCGAGCCGGUUGAGGCAUACGUCGUCGAACGUAUGGACACCGAGUCCGGAAGAUGGGUCCCUGUUUGCACUACUAAGACUCCUGAGGCUGACGUCACAGGCCUGAAUGAAGGCAAAGACUACCUCUUCAGGGUUAAGGCUGUUAACCCUGAGGGAGAGAGCGAGCCGCUAGUGACGGACACCGCUACUACGGCUAAGAAUCCUUAUGGCGAACCGGACCCACCAGGCAAGCCAGAGUUCAAGGACUGGAGCAAGGACCACGUGGACCUCAAGUGGGAGAAGCCCGCCAACGAUGGCGGAGCGCCCAUCACAGCUUACAUCGUCGAGAAGAAGGACAGGGAUACCGGCAAGUGGGUGAAAGCUGCUGAGGUACCCGGUACCAAAUGCGAAGCUCGCGUCCCGGAUCUGAUCGAGGGCAAGACCUAUCAGUUCCGUGUGAAGGCGGUCAACAAAGCCGGUCCAGGCAAACCCUCCGCAGCGUCGGAGAGCCUGCUCGCUAAGGAUAGGUUUGCUCCACCUAAGAUCGACCGCACCAACAUGCGUGAUAUCACCAUCAAGGCUGGUCAGAACAUCCGUUUGGACGUCAAGGUCAGCGGUGAGCCGCCACCAUCUAAGACUUGGUUCCACAACAAAGAGCGUCUCUCGACCAGAGACGACCUUACUGUCGACGUAGAAGACUACAAGACUAAAUUGUCAGUAGUGGUCGCAUCUCGCAAACACAGCGGCACAUACGUGCUGAAGGCUGAGAAUAGCAGUGGCAAGGACGAAGCUACUAUACAAGUUAUCGUGCUCGACGUGCCUGCCAAACCCGAGGGACCACUUAAGAUCUCUGACGUGCACAAGGAGGGAUGCACGCUCAAAUGGAACCCGCCACUAGACGACGGUGGAGCUCCCAUCGACCACUACUUGGUGGAGAAACUUGAUACGGAGACAGGACGCUGGCUGCCCGCUUGCAAGACCAAGGACCCUAAAGCAGAGAUUGAGAACUUAGUACCAGGACACGAGUACAAGUUCAGGGUGUCCGCUGUCAAUAAUGAGGGUGUUUCUGAGCCUCUUGACGCGGAUCACUCUAUUAUCGCUAAGAAUCCGUUCGACGAGCCCGGCAAGCCAGGCACACCAGAAGUGGUGGACUGGGACAAGGACCACGUGGACCUCAAGUGGGAGAAGCCCAUCAAGGACGGUGGUGCUCCCAUCACUGGGUACAUCAUCGAGAAAAGGGAAGUCGGGUCGCCUAAGUGGGUGAAGGCUUGUGAGGUCGGCCCCAACGACAAUGAGAAGGCGACCGUCCCGAAUCUGGAUGAGGGUGUAGAAUAUGAGUUCAGAGUUAAAGCCAUCAACGAGGCGGGACCAGGAGAGCCCAGUGAUGCUAGCAAGUCCGUCGUUUGCAAGCCAAGGAGACUGGCUCCCAAGAUAGACCGCCGCAACCUUCGCACCAUCAAGGUCCACGAAGGCGAGCCCAUCUCUCUGGACAUCAAGGUGUCUGGUGAACCGGCGCCUGACGUCACGUGGACUCUGAACGGCAAGAGUGUGCUUGACGGCAGCGGUUUGAAAGUGAUAAACAUCCCGUACAUGACGAAGUACCAACACUCGAGCCCGCGCAGGAAGGACUCUGGCACAUACAAGAUACAAGCUGUCAACAAAUACGGACAGGAUACCGCCGAGCUGGAGAUUAUUGUAACUUCGAAACCCGAGAAGCCAGAAGGCCCGCUGGAAGUGUCAGACAUCCACAAGGACGGCUGCAAGCUCGCCUGGAAGCGGCCCAAGGAUGAUGGCGGCGAGCCUAUCGAGGCGUACCUCGUCGAGAAGUAUGACCCCGAAACCGGUAGUUGGGUGCCCGUUGGCAAGACGCUCGGCAAUGUGCCUGAGAUGGAGGUGGAUGGCCUGAUCCCUGGUCACGAGUACAAGUUCCGCGUGAAGGCGAUCAACAAGGAGGGCGAGUCCGAGCCGCUCGAGACCUUCGGCUCCAUCGUCGCUAAGGAUCCCUUCACUGUACCAGAUGCGCCAUCAGCUCCAGUCCCAGACGACUGGUCGGCCAGCCAUGUGGACCUCAAGUGGGAGGCGCCGAUAUCGGACGGAGGGUCACCCAUCAUUGGUUACAUCGUCGAGAAGAAGGACAAAUACAGCCCAUUGUGGGAGAAGGCUAUUGAGACACAUUCUCCUACGCCCACUGCUACUGUUAAUGGCCUGAUCGAAGGCAACGAAUACCAGUUCCGCGUGAUUGCGAUCAACAAGGCCGGUCAGAGCAAGCCGUCUGAAGCGAGCAAGAACUUCGUCGCCAAACCGCGGUUCUUGGCACCGAAGAUCGACCGGCGCCAUCUUCGUGACGUCACCAUAUCUGCUGGGUCCACACUUAAGUUGGAAGCUGCUAUUACUGGCGAACCCGCGCCAGCAGUUGAAUGGAGAUACCAGAACAUGCCGCUGCGUCCAUCGAAGGCAGUCAACAUCGACAGUCCAGAUUACUUCACCAAGCUGGUGGUCCGUCCCGUGAGACGCGACGACUCCGGCGAAUACACUGUCACAGCUGUCAACUCUAGUGGCAAGGAUACAGUUACCAUCAAUGUGGUGGUCACUGACAAGCCUAGCAAGCCUGAGGGGCCUUUGCAGAUCUCGGACGUCCACAAAGAGGGCGCAACCCUCAAGUGGAAGCGGCCGAAGGACGACGGCGGUACUCCCAUCGAAUAUUACCAGGUCGACAAGCUGGACACCGAGACUGGUUGCUGGGUGCCUUGUGCGCGCUCCGAGGAGCCUAAAUGCGACGUGACCGGCCUGACUCCGGGCAAGGAGUACAGGUUCAGGGUGUCCGCAGUCAACUCGGAGGGAGAGUCUGAGCCUCUUACCUCUGAACAGAGCAUCGUCGCUAAGAAUCCCUUCGACGAGCCUGGCGCGCCUGGCACCCCAAGCGUUACGGACUGGGACAAGGACCAUGUGGACCUGAAAUGGACCCCGCCGCGCGAAGAUGGUGGGGCCCCCAUCGAGGGGUAUAUUGUUGAGAAGAAGGACAAGUUCGGCAACUGGGAGAAGGCUGUAGAGGUGCCGGCUAACCAGACAACGGCUACUGUGCCCGAUCUGAUCGAGGGGCAGACUUAUGAGUUCAGAGUCCGCGCUGUAAACAAGGCCGGGCCUGGCGAGCCUUCUGAGAGCACGCAUCCCAUUGUGGCUAAGCCCAGGAACCUCGCUCCUAAGAUCGACAGGACCAACCUCAUUGAUAUCAAGAUUAAGGUUGGCCAGAAGUUCGGAUUCGAUGUUAAGGUCACCGGCGAACCGAUGCCCGAGACGAAAUGGUUCUUGGGCAAGAAGGAGGUUAAAUCCGGCGGCGAUAUGAAGGUUCAACACUCAGACUACAACACCAAGUUGAACUGCAAGGCGGCGACCAGGGCCGACAGCGGUCGUUACACCAUCACCGCUGAGAACAGCAACGGCAAGGACGUCGCUGAGGUUGAAGUCAUUGUGCUCAGUGUGCCGAGCCCGCCUGGAGGGCCGCUUAAGGUAUCAGACGUUCACGCAAACGGCGCGAAACUUUCCUGGAACCCGCCUGCCGACGACGGUGGUCAGCCUAUCGAGAAGUACGUCGUGGAACGUAUGGACGAAGCCACCGGUAGAUGGGUCAAUGCUGGCGAGACUGACGGCCCGCAGACCAGCCUCGCGGUUGACGGCCUGACUCCUGGACACAAGUACAAGUUCCGUGUUAGGGCUGUUAACAGACAAGGCAAAUCUGAGCCUCUUACCACACCCCACGCGACAGAGGCGAAGAAUCCAUUCGACGUUGCCGGCAAGCCCGGCACGCCGAAGAUCAAGGACUUCGACAAAGACUUUGUGGAGCUCGAAUGGACCAGGCCGGAGAAGGAUGGCGGAGCGCCCAUCACCGGCUACGUCAUCGAGAAGAAGGACCGCUUCUCGCCAGACUGGGAGGAGUGUGCACAGAUCGAAGGCGACGUCACCUCAGGCAAGGUUCCGGAUCUCAUCGAAGGCAACACCUACGAGUUCCGCGUCCGCGCCGUCAACAAGGCCGGCAAGGGCGAGCCAAGUGACGGCACCGCGCCCCACUUGGCCAGACCCAAGAACCUGCCGCCCAAGAUCGACAGGAACUUCAUGUUCAACAUCAAGAUCAAAGUCGGACAGAACUUCGAGAUGGAUGUACCUGUGGCCGGCGAGCCUACGCCUUCUAAGGAAUGGCUUCACGGAGAAAAUGUUGUACUUAACACUGAUAGAGUCAAGAUCGUCAAUGAUGCUCAUUCUACGAAGUUGAGAGUCAUUGACGCUAAGAGGGCUGAUAGUGGAAACUACACUCUCAAAGCCAAGAACAUCAACGGAACUGAUACGGCUACCGUUAAAGUAACGGUAUUGGAUGUCCCGUUACCGCCUGAAGGCCCGCUUAAGGCUGAUGACAUUACAAGGUCAGGAUGCACUCUUAGAUGGAGGCCUCCUAAAGACGACGGCGGCAGCGAGAUCUCGCACUACGUCGUUGAAAAGAUGGACCAAGAAAACAUGCGAUGGGUUCCCGCGGGUGAAGUACAAGCCUGCAGCAUCAGAAUCGACCAUCUUAUUGAAGGUCAUGACUACAACUUCAGAGUACGCGCCGUCAACAAACAAGGCGAGUCUCUACCGCUGAUUGGUCACGAACCAGUCACCGCUAAGGACCCCUACGGUACUCCGGACAAACCUGGGACUCCCGUCGUCAAGGACUGGGACAAAGAUCAUAUGGACUUGGAAUGGGUGCCGCCGAAGAAGGAUGGUGGUUCUCCCAUCACUGGUUACAUCAUCGAGGCUAAGAAGAGGUACGGACCUUGGGAAGUCGCCGCAACAGUACCAGGAAACCAGACGACAGCAACGGUACCGAACUUGCAAGAAGGAGAGGAGUAUGAGUUCAGAGUUAUUGCUGUCAACAAGGCUGGAAAUGGAGAGCCCAGUGACGCAUCCACACCACAAAUCGCUAAAGCCAGAUUCUGCGCUCCGCACUUCGACAAGAUGCUGCUGGCAGAUAAGACUGUCAAAGCAGGACAGAGAAUCCAAUACGAAAUACCGAUCGAAGCUUCGCCGAAGCCCACAGUCGAAUGGCAGAUCAACGGCAAAGUCGUACACCCGUCUGAUAGAAUCGACAUCCAGAUUAUGCACAACAGGGUAAUCCUAGACAUUCCAUUCUCCGUCCGCGCUGACGGAGGCGUUUACAAGUUGACCCUGAAGAACGACCUGGGUGUUUGCUCUGCGGCCGCCCAAGUAACUGUAUUGGACAAACCAUCACGCCCUGAGAAGCCUCUUGUCGUUUCUGACAUCACUAAGGAGUCUUGCUGUCUCUCAUGGAAGAUACCGUUAGAUGACGGUGGCUCACCAAUUCUCCACUACGUUAUCGAAAAGAUGGAUCUAACUCGUGGUACCUGGUCUGACGCCGGUAUGAGCACUUUCUUAUCUCAUCAAGUGACACGUCUUAUCCACAUGAAGGAAUACCUGUUCAGAGUUAGCGCAGUCAACGCUAUCGGCCAAUCAGAGCCUUUGGAGUUAGACAGAGCUAUUGUGGCUAAGAAUGAGUUUGACGAGCCGUCGGCGCCUGGUAAGCCCGAAGCUACCGACUGGAGCAAGGACCAUGUUGACUUACAAUGGACUACACCAAAAUCCGACGGUGGAGCUCCUAUUACUGGUUACAUCAUCCAGAAGAAAGAAAAGGGCAGCCCGUACUGGGUGAAUGCAGUUCAUGUGCCGCCUAACAAGAAUAAGGCGACAGUUCCAGAUCUUACUGAAGGUCAAGAGUAUGAAUUCAGAGUCAUCGCUGUCAAUCAAGCCGGACAAUCUGAGCCCAGCGAGCCUUCAGACAUCAUUACAGCUAAGGACAGAUUCGUUGCUCCUAAGAUUAUCACGCCACUUAAAGAAGUUCGCAUUAAGGCUGGACUCAUCUUCCAUUUAGACGUCGACUUCAUCGGCGAGCCUGCUCCUGAAGUCAAAUGGACUUGUGAUGGUAAACCUGUACUUUCCAACGAAAGGACUACAGUUACCACUGUUGGUCACCACACGAUCAUUCACACUGUUAACUGUAAGAGGUCAGACGCUGGUAAAUACCAUCUGUCGUUGAAGAACGACUCAGGCUCUGAUGAAGGAAGCUUCGAGCUGAUCGUCCUCGACGUACCUGGACCGCCGCAACCUCCGUUCGAGUAUGAAGAGAUAACCGCUCAAUCCGUUACUAUGUCCUGGAAACCACCUAAGGAUAACGGUGGAAGUGAAAUCACUGCUUACGUUAUUGAGAAGCGUGAUUUGACCCACGGAGGUGGAUGGGUACCAGCAGUUACUUAUAUCAACCCUAAAUACAACCACGCGACAGUACCCCGUCUCCAAGAAGGAACUAAGUAUGAAUUCAGAGUGUUUGCCGAGAACUUGCAAGGCAGAUCCGAGCCGUUAGUCACAGACAGACCAAUCAUCGCCAAGAACCAAUACACGGUACCUGGCAAACCAGGCAAGCCAGAAUUGGUGUCUUCUGACAAGGACCAUAUUAAGAUCAAAUGGUCUUCACCGAUUUCGAACGGUGGAUCUAACAUUAUUGGCUAUGAUGUCGAAAGGAGGGAUAAGGCUACUGGUAGAUGGAUCAAGCUUAACAAAGACCCUGUCAGGACCAACGAAUAUGAAGACGAUAGGGUACAGGAAGGUCACCAGUACGAAUAUAGAGUAUCUGCAGUCAACGCCGCAGGACCUGGCCAGCCUUCCGACCCGUCGAACGUGUUCAUCGCUAAGCCAAUGAAAGAGAAGCCCAAGUUAUGGCUCGACCAUCUCAUUGGCAGAAAGAUCAAGGUCAGAGCCGGCGAGCCAAUCAACAUUAACAUUCCAAUCACUGGCGCGCCCACUCCUGACAUUUCGUGGACCAAGGGAGCCAUCUCUCUCCUGCCUUCGCACCGACUCUCAACCGAAACUAAGAACGACGAGACCAAGCUUUCCAUUGAGAAGUCUACUAGAGACGAUGCUGGCAAAUACACUAUCACAGCUAGCAAUGCUCACGGAAAAGACUCUGCUGAUAUUGAAGUUAUUGUCGUUGAUAAGCCUGGAGUGCCGAAAGGACCUCUGUCUACAACUCCUGUUACUCACGACUCUAUCAGUCUUACAUGGAAUCCGCCUACGGAUGACGGUGGCAGUGAAAUCACUGGCUACGUCGUUGAAGUGGCUGAAUUUGGAGUCAAUGACUGGAGAACAAUUGCUGGUUUCUGUCCUAAAUGCUCUUUCACCGCUAAGAACCUUACUGAAGGCAAGAAGUACAUCUUCCGCGUACGCGCUGAGAACUUAUACGGAGUUUCCGAUCCAUUGGAGAGCAAGCCUGUUAUUGCGAAGUCGCCAUUCGACCCGCCAGAUGCGCCAGACACACCAAAGAUUACUGGCUACAGCGCGAACAGCUGUUCCCUGGAAUGGAAUCCGCCAGCCAACUGCGGCGGUAAGCCAAUUACUGGCUACUACGUUGAGAAGAGGGAACGUGGGGGCGACUGGGUAAAGGUCAACAAUUACCCGACACCAAACACAUGCUACACUGUUCCUGACUUGCGUGAAGGAAACCGCUACGAAUUCAGAGUGAUCGCCGUCAACGAAGCCGGACCCGGCAAGCCUAGCAAGCCGACCGAGCCGAUCACAGCCGAGACUCAACGGCUUAAGCCUAGCGCGCCUGAAGCGCCCAAACCCGACAGAAUUACUAAGGACUCCGUUACACUAUCGUGGAGACCACCUAAGAGCGAUGGCGGCUCUAAGAUCAAGGGCUACAUUAUCCAACAGAAGGGCAAAGGCGACAAGGACUGGAAGGACGUCAAUGAUGUACCUAUUCCGAGCCUCGUUCAUACUGUUCCCAAGCUUAAGGAAGGCGAAGAAUAUCAAUUCAGAGUCAUCGCAGUUAACGACGUUGGCAGGUCAGAUCCUAGCAAGUCUACUGGUGACAUUGUCAUUGCGGAACAGCCCAACAAACCAUGCAUGGACCUUGGUGGAGUCAGGGACAUCACAGUACGCGCGGGUGAAGACUUCUCCAUCCACGUUCCUUACACUGGCUUCCCGCAACCAACGGCGUCUUGGUUCGCUGACGACAACCUUCUGGAUGUCGAAGGCGACCCGAGGAUAUUCCAGAAAAUUACACCUGAAUCCGCUUCGUUGGUCGUCAAGAACGCCAAGAGGUCAGAUGGAGGACAGUACAGACUCCAACUGCGUAAUCCUUCUGGCUACGACACAGCCACAAUUAACGUCAGGGUUCUGGAUAGACCUGGAAAACCAGAGAACCUCAGAGCGGAUGAGUUCGAAGGCGAAGCUCUUACAUUAUACUGGAACCCACCAAAGGACAAUGGCGGCGGCGAGAUUACCAACUACGUCGUCGAGAAACGCGAGGCUAGGACACCUAACUGGACCAAGGUGUCUGGUUAUGUCACCACUCCGUUCUUGCGCGUGAAGAACUUGAACGUUGGCCGUGACUACGAGUUCCGCGUUAUGGCUGAGAACCAAUACGGACAGUCCGACCCUGUUCAGACAACAGAGCCGAUCAAAGCGAGACAUCCUUUCGACCCACCAGGCCCGCCUGGAGCGCCGAAAGCGGUCGAAACUACCGAAUCUUCCAUCACUAUCACAUGGACGAAGCCUCGUCACGACGGUGGCUCGCCGAUCACGGGAUAUGUUCUCGAAAAGCGACUUAUUACCGAAGAUAAGUGGACUAAGGCGUCCCACGCACACAUUCCAGAUACGACAUACAAAGUGACUGGUUUGAUUGAGAAUCACGAAUACGAGUUCAGGGUUGCAGCUAUUAACGCUGCGGGUCAAGGUCCGUACUCUCAGAGCUCUGACGCUAUCAGGGCCUGCGCGCCGCCUAACUGCCCGCGCAUCACGAGCGACCUCAGUCUCAGGGACAUCACCGUCAUCGCCGGAGAGGAGAUCAAGAUCACUGUGCCGUUCACUGGCAACCCCAGACCGAAGGUAUCCUGGAUGGUAAACAACGAUGAAGUGUUCCCGGACAACCGCAUUCGCUUCGUGACGACAGAUGUGGACACAGUGUUCCACAACUCGUGCGCAAAGAGAUCCGAUACCGGAUCGUAUACUAUCCAGCUGACCAACAGCGAGGGAUCCGACAGUGCUACUUGCAGGGUCCUGGUUGUGGACAAGCCAUCCCCACCGGUGGGCCCACUAGAAGCAUACGACAUCACGCCUGACACCUGCACCCUCUCUUGGAGGCCUCCUCUGGAUGACGGCGGCUCUCCCAUCACCAACUACGUCGUUGAGAAGAUGGAUAAUAAUGGAGUAUGGGGCAAGAUCUCAUCGUUCGUCCGCAACUGCCAUUAUAACGUGAUGGGCUUAGAGCCCAACCGCAAGUACACCUUCAGAGUGCGCGCCGAGAACCAAUAUGGCGUCUCUGAUCCGCUCACCAUGGACGACUCUAUCACUGCCAAGUUCCCCUUCACAAUCCCCGACCCGCCGGGCGUGCCGCGCGUCACGGACUGGGACGGCUCCACCGCCACCGUGGUGUGGGACCGCCCGCGCUCCGACGGCGGCGCGCGUAUCCAGGGCUACAAGAUCGAGUUCCGGGACGUAGAGGACGGCGUCUGGAACAGCGCCGACUACCUUGUCAAGGACUGCAAUUAUCAGGCUUACAACCUAGAAGCGGGCCACGAAUACGAGUUCCGCGUCCGCGCCAAGAACGCAGCCGGGUUCAGCAAGUACUCGGCCAACUCGCAGAAGUUCCGCGUCAAGCCGCGCUACGGACCGCCCGGCCCGCCCACCGCGCCGCGCGUCAUGCGUGUCGGAAGGAACUAUGUCGACCUCAGCUGGGACCCGCCCGCUACUGACGGCGGUUCCCGCGUGACAGGCUACAUAAUCGAGCGCCGUGACGUCGGCAGCUCCGUCUGGGUGAAGUGCAACGACUACAAUGUCGGUGACACCACAUUCACCGCCAUGAACCUCAAUGAGAAGGCGGACUACGAGUUCAGGAUCAUCGCUGUCAAUGCUGCUGGCAAAUCCGAGCCAUCGACCUGCACAACCCCAGUGCGUACGGGCGAGGAGAUUGGAGGCACUAAGCCGGAAUGGGUCAAACAGAUCCCACCACACGUGUGCGCCCCACUUGGUCGCCCAUUCACACUGGAAUGUGUCGCCACCGGAAACCCCAUACCUACUGGUCGCUGGUUGAAGAAUGGACGCGAGAUUGUGCUUGGCACCAGGUUCAUCUCGGAGUCUCGUGACGGAACGUUGCGUCUGAACAUCCUGGAGGCGACAGAUGCGGAUGAGGGUGACUACACAUGUGAAGCCGUCAACAGCAUCGGCUUCAUCUACUGCACUGGACAUCUUAAGAUCGGAAGUCCACCGCGCAUCACCCGCAUGCCAGGCGACUUACACCUGCCAGAGCACGACAACACCAAGAUCAAGAUCCUGUACACCGGAGACCAACCAGUCGAGGUUGUUCUUACAAAAGACGGCCACAAGGUCAAGGAGGAUUCGCCGCAUCUCAAGUACACAGUCUUCGAUGAUUAUAUCCUUAUCUUCAUUAAGGAUAUUAGCAAGGAUGAUAUGGGUACUUAUAAGUUGACCAUCAAGAACAACUCAGGCGAGGCCUCAGAUUCGUUCUCAGUGACAGUCACUGGAUUGCCCGGACCACCGCAAGGACCGUUGGAGACCACAGAUGUCUCGAAACACAGCUGUACUCUCGCGUGGAAACCGCCCGCGUAUGAUGGCGGUAUGCCUGUGACCCACUACGUAGUAGAACGCAACGACACAUCAGGUACCACCUGGAUCACCAUCGCGUCCUCAGUACGCGACACGAAGUUCACAGUCCAAGGACUGACUGAGGGUCACGAGUACAACUUCAGGAUCCAUGCUGCCAACGAGAACGGUAUUGGACCCGCGCUUGAGGGCGCCAACCCAAUUAAGGCGAAGGCACCGUUCGACCCACCAUCAGCUCCUGGCAUCCCCAAGAUUUUGGAGGUAGGAGGAGACUUCGUGCACCUUGAGUGGGACAAGCCCGAGAACGAUGGAGGCGCUAGGAUUCAAGGCUACUGGAUCGACAAGCGCGAAGUGGGUGCAUCCACAUGGCAGCGCGCGAACAUCUCGCUGUGCUUACCCAACCAGUUCAACUGCUCCAACCUCAUCGAGGGUAGGCAGUACGAGUUCAGAGUCACGGCUGUCAACGAAGCUGGCUUGUCGCCGCCGAGUACCGCCAGCCAACAAGUCAAGGUCGUCGAUCCUAAAGCGGCGACACCGCCAGAGAUCGUCAAACCGCUCAAGAACGCCAACUGCAUUCAGUACCACAAUGCCAAGUUCCAGUGCACCAUCACUGGAUCGCCUAAGCCCACUAUCACGUGGUACAAGGGAGCGCGAGAGAUAACCAACGGCCCGCGUCACCGCAUCUGGAGCGAGGGUGACAAUCACUUCCUGACUGUGAUGGACGUGUUCGGAGAGGACGCCGACGAGUAUGUCUGCCGAGCCGUCAACAAGGCAGGCGUGAAGAGCACGCGCGCUGAGCUGCUUAUCAUGACCGCGCCAAAACUGAACGUGCCGCCUCGCUUCCGCGUGACAGCAUACUUCGAUAAGGGCGAGAAUGUUGUGGUGAAGAUUCCGUUCACCGGCCACCCAGUGCCCAAGAUCACGUGGGUCAGAGAGGGAGAGACCAUCGAGUCUGGUGGACAUUACCACGUUGAGAGGAAAGAACGUCACGCGAUCCUGACUAUCCGCGACGCCAGCAAGCUGGACUCCGGCCCGUACAGGAUCACAGCAGAGAACGAACUGGGAUCCGACUCGGCUAUAAUCAACAUUGAGAUCAGCGAUCGUCCGGACCCACCACGGUUCCCCAACGCGGACAACAUUGGCGUGGACUCACUUGCGCUCGCGUGGAAGGCGCCAGUCUGGGACGGCGGAUCAGACAUCACCAACUACUUGGUCGAGAAGAGAGAACACCCCAUGUCCAGCUGGAUCCGAGUUGGCAACACCAGAUUCACAACAAUGGCGAUCACAGGCCUAGUCCCAGGCAAGCAGUACGAGUUCAGAGUGUACGCUGAGAACAUAUAUGGCCGUUCUGACCCGAGCGACCCAACCGGCUUGGUGCAGACCAAAGCGGUCAUCAAGAAGGAGUUCAAGAAGAAGGAAUACCCAGUGGACGAAACAGGCAAACGUAUCCGCACAAACGCUGACCACGGCCCGGUGAAAGACUACGAUAGCUACGUAUUCGAUAUAUACAGCAAAUACGUGCCGCAACCAGUGGAUAUCAACACUUGUUCGGUAUACGACAAGUAUGAUAUCCUGGAAGAGAUUGGCACAGGCGCUUUCGGAGUCGUGCACAGAUGUCGCGAGCGAUCUACUGGCAACUAUUUCGCUGCCAAGUUCAUCCCUUGCACGGGUGCUAUGGAGAAGGAACUGAUUAAGAAAGAGAUUGAUAUAAUGAACCAGCUGCAUCAUAGGAAGCUUAUCAAUCUGCACGACGCCUUUGAAGACGACGAUGAGAUGGUGCUCAUAUUUGAGUUCCUCUCCGGCGGCGAAUUAUUCGAGCGUAUCACCGAACCAGGCUACAACAUGAGCGAAGCCGAAGCGGCGCAUUAUAUGCGACAGAUAUGCGAAGGUGUCAAACAUAUGCACGAACAAAACAUCAUACAUCUGGAUCUCAAGCCUGAGAAUGUCAUGUGCCAGACGAGAACUGGUACUGAUGUUAAGAUCAUCGACUUCGGCCUGGCCACCAAACUGGACCCCAACGAAGUAGUUAAGAUAUCGACAGGCACGGCCGAGUUUGCGGCGCCAGAAAUCGUGGAGCGCGAGCCAGUCGGCUUCUACACCGACAUGUGGGCUGUGGGCGUGCUGUCUUACGUUCUAUUGUCCGGCCUAUCACCAUUCGCGGGUAACAACGACAUUGAAACCCUCAAGAACGUGAAGGCGUGUGACUGGGAGUUCGACGAGGAGGCCUUCCAGCACGUCUCUGACGACGCCAAGGACUUCAUCCGCAGACUGCUUGUUAAGAAUAAGGAAAAACGCAUGACAGCCCACGAAUGCCUCAUGCACAAGUGGCUGGCGGGCGACGCAGCUGCCGCACGCACCGCCACCAUCGAAGCGAGGAGAUACGAGAAACUCCGCAACAGACUCCGCGAGAGAUACGACAAUUGGUCGUCGUUCGCCCUGCCCAUUGGCAGGCUCAGCGAAUACAGCUCGCUUAGGAAACUGCUCAUUGAGAAGUGGAAGAUUUAUGACGGGCAGUUCGACCGUCGGCAAGCGGCGCCGAGGUUCGUGAUCAAGCCCCAAUCGGCGUUCUGCUACGAGGGCCAGUCCGUGAAGCUGUAUUGCCGCAUCAUCGCCGUCGCCGCGCCUACUGUCACCUGGUCGCGAAACAAUCAUGAGCUGAGACAGUCUGUAAAGUUCAUGAAGAGAUACGCUGGCGAUGACUACUACUUCAUAAUCAACCGCGCUAAGUUGGAAGACCGCGGCGAGUACAUCAUCAGGGCGGAGAACCACUACGGAUUCAGAGAAGAGGUCGUUUUCCUGAACGUGCAACCGGUUCCCAAGGUCCAAAGGCAGCACGUGCCGGAAGCCCCGCGCCGCCGCGAGGCAUUGCCCUACACAUUCUGGCAAGAGUCCUCCGAGACGGCGCCAGUAUUCACCUUCCAACUGCGGCCGCGCGUCAUGCAGGCCCGCGACACAUGCAAGCUGCUGUGCUGUCUCAGUGGCAAGCCUACGCCCACUGUCAAAUGGUACAAGGACCGCAAGGAGCUGUCGAAGCAUGACUAUUCUAUGACGCACUCCGACGGCGUGGUGACCAUGGAGAUCAUCGACUGCCGGCCCGAGGACAGCGGCAAGUACAGCUGCGUCGCCACCAACGUGCACGGCACCGACGAGACCUCCUGCGUCGUCAUCGUCGAAGGCGAGGUAGUGCCUCCCGAACAAGCGGCGAUGGCGCACAACUUCCUCUACUCCGGCGACAGGCGAUACAUCGAGAAGCCCAUCAAGCCGGCACCACCGCCCAUCAUAACUAAGACUAAGGUUACAAUCGACCCUCCAGCAAAGACGCACACGGCGAUGCGACCAAAGUUCUCCCCACAGUCCUCAGUGGACGCCAGCAAGAAGAAGUACGGAGGGAAACUGGACUCUGACUCCACCUCGUCCAGGUCGAGGAGCGCUACUAAGGAACUAGUUUUACCGGCGUCGGACUCGUCGAUGUGCAAGCCGUCGUUCGCCCGCGCGCUGCCCGACGUGCUGACGGCCCGCGACGGACACCCGCUGCUGCUGUCCUGCUCCGUGCGAGGAGACCCCGACCCCAGGGUUGAGUGGUACAAGAACGGGAAGCCGCUGCAUUCCUCUGAGGUGAUCGACCUCAAGUACAAGAACGGCGUGGCCUCGCUGGCGAUCAGCGAGGUGUUCCCCGAGGACGAGGGCGAGUACUCGCUCAAGGCCAUCAACAGCCAGGGCGAGGUCGACACCAAGUGCAAAGUCACUGUUAAGCCUAUGGACGGCGGCGCGGCGGCGGGCGCGAUGAAGGCCGGAGACAAACCGCCCAGGGUCGUGGACCACGCCGUGUCGCAGAUAGUCACAGACGGAGACGCUGUCACGUUAUCCUGCAGGAUCGUAGGCGCCGAACGUUUCGACGUGGUCUGGCUUCACAACAACAAGGAGAUCAAGCCGUCAAAGGACUUCCAGUACUCCAGCGAGGCCAACAUUCACAAGCUGACCAUUGCUGAGAUCUUCCCAGAGGACGCUGGCGUGUACACCUGCGAAGCGUUCAACGACGCGGGCGAGUCAUUCUCGUCGUGCUCGCUGUUCGUGAACGUGCCCGGAGAGACUCCGGCCACGCCGCAGUACUCUGCCUUCCCCGCGUCCGUCACCGUCAACACGGCCGAGCCUGCUGUCUUCACCGCUGAGUUGGAUAAGCCACCACUCCAGCUUCAGUGGCUGAAGGAUGGCAAGCCGAUCGACGAGACGUCCCCACGGUACAGGUUCACGAUGGAAGGCACAUCCAGGUACCGCCUGGAGAUCGCCAAGACCACGCCCGAAGACGCCGGACAGUACCUGGCCCGCGCCGUCGGCUCCAAGGGAGACUCCCUCGGCGCAUUCUAUCUCAACGUCGUCGACGUCUAAACGCCCACGACCAAAAGGACUGACAUUUACAACAUGGGCCCCAAUAUAACACCCUGUGGCAACCCAAACUCCAAAGUGAAAUGAUCACAUAUAUUGAGCACGGAUACGAUUUUUUUUAUACAAUUCGGAUGUCUAAGUGUGUAAAGGAGUUUUUUGUAUUUAAAUUAUUUAUUAUUUAUUAAUUUAUUAAGUAUCGUUAAGUGUUACACCCUGUCGAAUGCCUAUGAGAAGUCGCUUGGACGAAACGCUCUCUAGUCACUGUUAAAUGUUAAUUUAUUUAUUUAUCGUUAAUAAUUUAUUUCUAUCGUCCUCGUCUAACAGGUUUCGAAAGCAGCUUCGUUAAAAUUUAAAGCUUGUUUUAAUCAAUGUUGCCGUGAUAAGGUCUGGCAUCAAACCGACGACCCUCAGUUGGAUACUGCUGUCGCCACCACACUGUAUCCCUCAGACGAUCGUCCCGCCGACCAAAAUCUGUAAUACUAUUUUUAUAUUUAACUGUAUUAUUUAAUUGUACAUAAAUUAAUUUAUGUGACCGCGUAAUUUAUAAAUAAAUAUGUAUACCUAAAAAUAAUAA